CCGUUCGCCACCGACGGCAGCGUCGUGAAACUCCAUCCCCACACGACUGGGUUUGGGCUUCUGCGCGGUUGAAGCUGCAGGAGAAGCUUCAACCUUAAGGGGGCCUCAGGGAAGCGAGGAGUGGCACCGCGGCGGAGCGCUCCAUCUCCGCGGCUGUGGGCCCGGGCCGCGGCCUGGGCGGCGGCCCCCGCUCAGCGUCUCCUUGUCGCUGCAGCGCGCGGGGCGGAUCCGCCAUAUUGGAGCCGGAGCCGCAGGUUCCGUGCAGCGGCGGUGGCGGCGGCGGCGCGAGGCGGGCCUGGCAGCGCGGCCCGCGCGGCGGGGGUGCGCAUGAGCCGCCGCGGCUAAGCCUCUUCCCCGCCCACCGCCUGCGCUCGGCCGGGGAGACCCGGCCGGGAGGGGCCGCGGCGGCCGCAGGAUGUUCUCUAAGAAGCCGCACGGGGACGUGAAGAAGUCCACCCAGAAGGUGCUGGACACCAAGAAGGACGCGCUGACCCGCCUCAAGCACCUGCGCAUCGUCAUCGAGAAUGCAGAAUCUAUUGACCUUAAACAGUUUUUUGACCAACAUUUUUCACAUAUAUACUAUGUGUUUUUUGAAAAUUUUGUGACUAUUGAAGCUAGUCUUAAACAAAAAGGUCACAAGUCUCAAAGAGAGGAAUUAGAUGCUAUACUUUUUAUUUUUGAGAAAAUUUUACAACUUCUUCCAGAAAGAAUUCAUCAGCGAUGGCAAUUUCAUAGUAUUGGUUUGAUUUUAAAGAAACUACUCCACACAGGAAACUCCUUAAAGAUCAGACGGGAAGGUGUUCGUCUCUUCUUGCUAUGGUUGCAAGCUCUUCAGGAUAACUGCAGCAAAGAACAACUCUGGAUGUUUUCAUGCUUGAUCCCUGGGUUUUCAGCACCACAAUCUGAAUAUGGACCUCGAACUUUAGAUAAUCUUAUUAAUCCUCCACUCAACCUUCAAGAAACUCAAGUAACUAUAGAGGAAGUCACCCCUCUUGUUCCCCCGCAGUCAGGAGAUAAAGGACAAGAAGACCUCACAAGCUAUUUUCUUGAAGCACUUUUAAAAUAUAUAGUAAUUCAGGUAAAAAGUUUAGAAUGGAAGAACAAAGAAAACCAAGAAAGGGGAUUUUCAUUUUUGUUUUCACAUUUUAAGAAGUUUUACUUGCCUUAUAUUUUCCCAAACAUCUGCAAGGAGAAUAGUUUAUAUCAUCCUGUACUUGAUAUCCCACAGAUCAGACCAAAGCCUCAUUACGUGAUGAUAAAGAAGGAUGCUGAAACCAAUGAAGCAAUAUAUUGUACAAAAGAGCCUUUCAUCCAAGCUCGGGUUAUUGUCAUUCGUUGGCUGGUUUCUUUCUGGCUUGAGCCAAAACCACAUUCAGGACCUAAUAUUCCUGGGAUGGAAGGUGAAGUUUUGCCAAAGAAUAUUCAGAGAGCAGCUGCUAGUUUGGUAUCCAGAGAAGAAAACAAAAAUGAUAAUGUUGAUAAAGCAGACAAAACUACCGAGCCAGAGCAGUCUCAUUCCAAUACAAGCACGCUCACGGAGCGAGAGCCUAGCUCUUCUAGUCUCUGCAGCAUUGACGAAGAGCAUCUCACGGACAUCGAGAUUGUUCGCAGAGUGUUUUCAUCCAAAAGAAGCAAUGUAAACUUUGUCACAGAGAUAUUUCGUCAGGCAUUUUUAUUACCAAUUUGUGAAGCAGCAGCUAUGAGAAAAGUGGUGAAAGUGUAUCAAGAAUGGAUCCAACAAGAGGAAAAGCCUUUGUUUAUGCAGGAGCCUGACGAACGUGUGCUCCCCUCUUCAGAUAUACCUUGUCUCGAAAACAUUACAGACCAGAAUAUUUCAAUAGAAGAUGGAGAAAAAAGAGAAGAGGAAAAUGGGACCAAUAUUUCUGAGCAUGUUCGAAAUUCUAGUUGGACCAAAAAUGGUUCUUAUCAAGUUGCUUUUCAUGCCUCUGAAGAAGCCACAGAACAAAAUAUUCAAGCUGGUACACAGGCAGUUUUGCAGGUGUUCAUUAUAAACUCAUCAAAUAUAUUUCUUCUUGAACCUGCGAAUGAAAUAAAAAAUCUUUUGGAUGAGCACACAGAUAUGUGUAAACGUAUUCUUAACAUUUAUCGAUACAUGGUUGUGCAAGUAUCAAUGGACAAGAAGACCUGGGAACAGAUGCUGCUCGUGCUGCUCAGAGUCACAGAGUCUGUGCUGAAGAUGUCAUCACAAGCUUUUCUGCAGUUCCAGGGGAAAAAAACCAUGACCCUGGCAGGUCGACUUGCAGGACCACUUUUCCAGACUCUCAUUGUUGCCUGGAUCAAAGCAAAUCUAAAUGUAUACAUCUCUCGAGAACUCUGGGAUGACUUACUGUCAGUGUUGUCGUCAUUGACCUAUUGGGAGGAAUUGGCCACGGAGUGGUCUCUGACCAUGGAGACACUAACUAAAGUUUUAGCCAGGAAUUUAUAUAGUUUGGAUCUCAGUGAUUUGCCAUUGGAUAAGCUGAGUGAACAGAAACAAAAAAAGCACAAAGGGAAAGGAGUUGGACAUGAAUUUCAGAAAGUUUCAGUUGACAAGUCAUUUUCUAGAGGAUGGAGUCGUGAUCAGCCUGGCCAAGCACCCAUGAGACAAAGAAGUGCAACAACCACUGGCUCCCCAGGAACUGAAAAGGCAAGGAGUAUAGUACGGCAAAAAACUGUUGAUAUUGAUGAUGCUCAAAUCCUUCCCCGUUCCACCAGAGUCCGACAUUUUUCACAGAGUGAAGACACUGGAAAUGAAGUUUUCGGAGCUUUGCAUGAGGACCAGCCAUUGCCUCGAAGCAGCAGCACUUCUGACAUCGUGGAGCCAUUCAGUGUUGAGCGAGCCAAAGGUGCAGUUCCUGUCGUUGACAGUUCAUCCCGUCAUGCUCCAGGCUUGCAGAACUCCACAGAGGCUUCUUCAAUAACUAGAUCCACUGAAAGCCACAUCACUGAUACUCAUAGCAGAGAGUCUUCUCUGGAAGUUGGUGAUAGCAUAUAUGACCAUCUUUGUCAUUUAAUAGGUCCAGUAGAACUUGCAGAUGCAGCUUUCGAACAAAUCCAGUACAUUGACCUUGAAGGAGAUGAGGAUCUUCUUUCUUCCCUGAAAGAAUACUUUAAGGAAAACCAGGAAAAUCAUAGUAAAAAUGAGCUAGGUAACGAUACAGCUUCUCAGAAGGUGAUUAUUGCAGUAACUAGAGAUGAAAUACCAUCUUUAGAUAAAUUAGAGUGCAUAGGCCAGGAAAUAAAACCAGAAAAUCUAAUGUCUUGUGUUGGGACUUUUGAAAAUACAGCGUUUCAAAAAGAACCAAGCUCAGCUGUCUCCACGAGUACUCUUGCACCUAACCAGUCAGUUAGUUUUGCGAGAACACAAACUGCUGAAAAAUCAAAACAACUAAAUCUUGAUGAACAGUCAUUGGAUCCUAGUUUAGGUAGCCCUUGUGAUAAAGAAAAAAAGAAACCUCUGUAUAGACAAACAGCCACAGAAGUAGAUGCCUGUGUAGAUAUAACACUAGGUGAAAAGCUUAAGAGUAUACAAGUUAAUGAAAAAUUCACCCCUUAUAUUAUGCAUGCCAAGAAAACUGCACUAAAAGCACCAGUAAACCGCAGAAUGCCUCAUGUUUCCAACACUGGCAAGCUUUCUCCAACCAAGAGGAGCUUGUCUGAAACAGUAACUCAUAGGGCCAAAAUCAUGAAAAUUGCUGCUAAGAAACGAAAUACUGUUCAUGUUACUUUUAGGCCAUCUACUGAGUCUGUUCAGUUUUAUAAUCCACUGGAAAAUAAAGAGGCUCCAUGGAAGAUGAGACUACGGAAGCUCAGUGGCUUUAGCAGUAGUAGCAAUAGCAGUACCAGCAAUACACAGACCAGCUCAACUAGUGGUACAGACCUUGUAAAACCUGGUGUGUACAGACCUCUAGAUAUGAUUGGUGCAGCAUCAGUUAGCAAAACAGUGAAGGAAUCCACAGAGAUCCCCACCGCCACAUUACAGAAAGAAGGAAUUGCAAGUAACCAGUUAGGGAGUCGCAGUACUCUUAGGUCAUCGAGUCACGAGGCAGGACUACAGCAGGGCUCCCUGGGUGGCGUUUAUAAAACUGUUGUACAUGCUCUUUCGAAGCCGAAGGCAAAUGUUUCCCCACAGAGGCAGAACAGAAUGCCACCAGAGGCUCCACUGAGGGAUCUGUACAGUCAUGUAAUGGGCUAUUUUGGAAGGAAAGCUGCAGUAAGUAAAGAGGACACGAGCCCCAAACUGCCUCCUCUUAAUAGUGACACUGGUGGCAGCAGUGCCAAUGUUCCUGAUCUGAUGGAUGAGUUCAUAGCAGAGCGGCUUCGAAGUGGGAAUACCUCGACUUUGACAAGAAGGGGAAGUAGUCCAGGCAGCCUUGAAAUUCCGAAAGAUCUCCCUGAUAUUCUAAACAAGCAGAGCCAGAUGCGUCCUGUUGAUGACCCAGGUGUACCCUCAGAAUGGACAUCUCCUGCCAGUGCAGGGAGCAGUGAUCUUAUGAGCUCUGAUAGUCAUUCAGAUUCUUUCAGUGCUUUCCAAUGUGAUGGACGAAAAUUUGACAACUUUGGCUUUGGGACUGACAUUGGGAUCCCCUCCUCUGCUGAUGUGGAUUCAGGUUCUGGCCAUCAUCAGAGCACUGAGGAGCAGGAAGUGGCUAGCCUAACAACACUUCAUUUAGAUUCAGAAACAAGCAGCCUUAAUCAGCAAGCCUUCUCUGCUGAAGUUGCAACAGUUACUGGUUCAGAAAGCGCUUCCCCAAUACAUUCAGCUCUGGGAUCCCGGUCACAGACACCUUCCCCAUCUACACUAAAUAUAGACCACAUGGAACAGAAGGAUCUGCAGCUGGAUGAGAAGCUCCACCACUCCGUUCUGCAGACACCAGAUGAUCUAGAAAUCAGUGAAUUUCCAUCUGAAUGCUGUAGCGUAAUGGCAGGAGGUACUCUCACUGGGUGGCAUGCUGAUGUUGCUACUGUUAUGUGGCGAAGAAUGCUGGGCAUUUUGGGAGAUGUCAAUGCUAUUAUGGAUCCUGAAAUACAUGCUCAAGUUUUUGAUUACCUCUGUGAACUUUGGCAGAAUCUAGCCAAGAUCAGAGAUAAUCUUGGCAUUUCAGCAGAUAACCUGACUUCACCUUCUCCACCUGUUUUGAUUCCUCCAUUAAGAAUUCUUACACCUUGGCUUUUUAAGGCAACCAUGUUGACUGAUAAGUAUAAACAAGGUAAAUUACAUGCAUAUAAACUUAUUUGUAAUACAAUGAAGAGAAGACAAGAUGUAUCUCCAAACAGAGAUUUUUUAACACAUUUCUACAAUAUAAUGCAUUGUGGAUUGCUUCAUAUUGAUCAGGACAUUGUCAAUACAAUCAUCAAGCACUGCUCACCUCAGUUUUUUUCACUUGGUUUGCCUGGUGCCACAAUGCUGAUUAUGGAUUUUAUUAUAGCAGCUGGGAGAGUGGCUUCUUCAGCUUUUCUUAAUGCACCAAGAGUGGAAGCACAAGUUCUCCUGGGAUCCUUAGUUUGCUUUCCCAACUUAUACUGUGAACUGCCUGCUCUCCAUCCCAACAUCCCUGAGAUUGCUGUGUCUCAUUUUACAGACGUUAAGGAACUUAUAAUUAAAACUGUACUAAGCUCAGCAAGAGAUGAGCCCUCUGGUCCUGCAAGAUGUGUAGCACUUUGCAGUUUAGGUAUUUGGAUUUGUGAAGAAUUAGUUCAUGAAUCUCAUCAUCCUCAAAUUAAAGAAGCUCUGAAUGUAAUUUGUGUUUCAUUAAAGUUCACGAAUAAAACAGUUGCGCAUGUGGCGUGUCACAUGCUUCACAUGCUGGUUCACUAUGCACCUAGACUGCAGACCUACCAGCCUGACUCGCCCUUGAAAAUUAUUCAGAUCCUAAUAGCUACUGUCACCCACCUUUUGCCAAGUACAGAAGCUUCAUCAUAUGAAAUGGACAAGAGGUUGGUUGUAUCAUUACUUCUUUGCCUUCUGGACUGGAUCAUGGCCUUACCUUUAAAGACACUACUCCAGCCACUCCAUGCUACAGGAGCAGAAAAUGAUAAGACAGAAAAAUCUGUCCUCAACUGCAUUUAUAAGGUAUUACAUGGGUGUGUAUAUGGAGCACAAAGUUUUAGCAAUCCAAAGUAUUUUCCAAUAAGCCUUUCUGAUUUGGCGUCUGUAGAUUAUGAUCCUUUUAUGCAUUUGGAAAGUCUAAAAGAGCCUGAACCUCUACACUCUCCUGAUUCAGAACGGUCUUCUAAACUCCAACCUGUAACAGAAGUGAAAACUCAAAUGCAACAAGGAUUGAUCUCGAUAGCAGCCCGUACUGUUAUUACCCAUCUGGUGAAUCACUUGGGCCAUUACCCAAUGAGUGGUGGUCCUGCCAUGCUGACCAGUCAGGUCUGUGAAAACCAUGACAAUCAUUACAGUGAGAGUACUGAACUUUCUCCUGAGCUGUUUGAAAGUCCGAACAUUCAGUUCUUUGUGCUGAAUAACACAACCUUGGUGUCUUGUAUCCAGAUAAGAGCAGAAGAGAGUAUGCCUGGAGGAGGGCUAGCCGCUGGCCUUGUGUCAGCCAACUCAAACGUUAGAAUCAUAGUGCGUGACCUCUCUGGAAAGUACUCAUGGGAUUCUGCCAUACUGUAUGGGCCACCCAUUGUGAGUGGUUUGUCUGAACCUACAUCUUUCAUACUUUCAAUGUCUCACCAAGAGAAACCAGAAGAGCCUCCUACAUCUAAUGAAUGCUUAGAAAACAUGACAGUAAAAGAUGAUCUUUCUCUCCAGCUUAGAAGAUUUAGAGAAACUGUACCAACUUGGUCUACAAUAAGGGAGGAGGAAGAUGCUCUUGAUGAGCUCCUGCAGUAUUUAGGCACUACAAGUCCUGAAUGCUUGCAGAGAACUGGGGUCUCCCUCAAUGUUCCUGCUCCACAACCUGUGUGCAUUUCUGAAAAGCAGGAGAACGAUGUCAUUAAUGCUAUCCUUAAGCAAUACACGGAAGAAAAGGAGUUUGUGGAGAAGCACUUUAAUGAUUUGAACAUGAAAGCCUCAGAACAAGAUGAGCCAACACCUCAGAAGCCUCAGUCAGCAUUCUAUUACUGCAGAUUGCUUCUUAGUAUAUUGGGAAUGAAUUCCUGGGACAAACGGAGGAGCUUCCAUCUCCUGAAGAAAAAUGAAAAGCUGCUUAGAGAACUUAGGAACUUGGAUUCAAGGCAGUGCCGAGAGACACACAAGAUUGCAGUAUUUUACGUUGCUGAAGGACAAGAAGAUAAAUACUCCAUUCUCACCAAUGUAGGAGGAAGUCAAGCAUAUGAAGAUUUUGUAGCUGGUCUUGGAUGGGAGGUAAAUCUUACCAAUCACUGUGGUUUCAUGGGAGGACUACAAAAGAACAAAAGCACUGGACUGACCACGCCAUACUUUGCUACCUCGACAGUAGAAGUGAUAUUUCAUGUAUCAACAAGAAUGCCUUCUGAUUCUGAUGACUCUCUUACCAAAAAAUUGAGACACCUAGGAAAUGAUGAAGUACACAUUGUUUGGUCAGAACAUACUAGAGACUACAGAAGAGGAAUUAUUCCUACAGAAUUUGGCGAUGUCCUCAUUGUUAUAUAUCCAAUGAAAAACCAUAUGUACAGUAUCCAGAUCAUGAAAAAACCAGAGGUUCCCUUCUUUGGUCCACUUUUUGAUGGUGCUAUUGUGAAUGGAAAAGUUCUGCCCAUUAUGGUUCGAUCCACAGCAAUAAAUGCUAGCCGUGCUCUGAAAUCACUGAUUCCAUUGUAUCAGAACUUCUAUGAGGAGAGAGCGCGGUACCUGCAAACAAUUGUCCAGCACCAUUUAGAGCCAAGUUCAUUUGAAGACUUUGCAGCACAGGUUUUCUCUCCAGCCCCCUACCAUCACUCACCUUCUGAUGCAGGAUCCUACCCAGAGAGUCUACCCAGUGACGCUCCCACAGCAGCACAGGUAGAUGGGGCUGACCUGGCCUCUCCAAUGUCUCCUCGAACUAGCAAAAGCCGCAUGUCCAUGAAGCUGCGUCGGUCCUCUGGCUCAGCCAAUAAAUCCUAAGGAGACACACAGCCCAGCAGUGAUCAGCAGUAGCCACCCUGGCACAAACAUAGUUUAACUCUUUCAGGCCUCAUGUUUGCCACAGCAUUCAUGUUUCUUCCUGUACAUUUCUUUGAGAAAACACUGGACUUAAAGCAAUUUGCAACUUCUUAUUUUAAAAUUGGACUAUUUAUUUAGUUCAGGUUUUUCCCACACUCCAUGCUGUCAUAUUCUGAGGGGAUCGAGUUUUAAUUCAUACUCUUGACCUUCCUAGAUAAUCAUGUCUAAUUAGUGCUACCUUCAAGUUCAUGAUUAAUGUUGAGCCAAAAUAUAAUUGGACAGAUAGUCUUGUGUUAUUUAUUGUGCCUCAUUACAACUUUAUAAUUUAAUAAAUACAUAGUUUUUACAAAUGUAACCUUUUUUGUAGUGCUGGGAAUGGAAGCCAGCAUCCCAAACAUGCUAGGCAAGCACACUGUCCUUCACAGCCCAGCCCUACAAUAUAAAUGACUAUAGGCAUUUAUAAAGCUAGAGCAAAAGCUACACAUGUUCGUUAUGUAGGGUGUGGACAGAUUGUUUGUUACAGACGGAAACUUUAAUGGCCAUGCAGCAGCUCAGAUUCCAACUGAAAUUACAUUCAUUAACUCUUUCCUCCCGUGGCAGUGUCUCAUUUCUCGCCAGCGCAAAUGCCGACACAACCUCUCAGAUAACCAGGAAAAUCACCACAGGACUUUGAUUUCUUUAGCUCCCAAACAACUUCGUUCUGCUGUUUGAGGUGGUAUCACUGUUGAAUACCAUUUCUGUUUGGAGGUCGUGGUCCUAUAUCACUGACCAGUUUAUCCUGGUGUGUCUGUGUGCGCUCCAGAGUACCAAAAGAGAAGGUUGUGGAGAGGAGGGUGGAAGACUGUUCUCAUAUAAAUGUUUGCUCAAAUUAUGUGUAUUGUUUAAAAAGUAAGGGAACAUAACCCAGGAGUCCAAGUUAAAUCUAAUAUUUUAGUACUGAACUUGCAGCAGGUGCAGGUUGGUAUGCAUCCCACCUCCAGAAGUAUUUCCUGUACUCAAUAAGCUGCCCCCUUUUGUUUAACAUGGGCAUCUCCUAAGGAAAUGUAGCAUGAUUGAUACCAACUGCAUGUGUAAAUACAUCAUCCUGACAAACCACAGAAUAUAAAUUAUGUAUCAUUCAUGUAGUGUCUACAGAUUUGUAAUGGGAUAAAAAGAUGACAUGGUAUUUAAUAAAACAAAAUAAAAUAUUCUUCACACUUCCUGUC